GCGCCAAAGCAAACUCUUAGUAGAACUUGAGUCUCCGCGUAAACAUGAAACCCAUCGUUUUCCUCCUCCUGGCGACCUUCUUCGGCGGCUCCACCCAGCAAGGAGUCCGCUUCUACGUCAUCCGCCAGUGGAAGUACAUCAACUUCACCUGGCCCAACGAAGACGCCCUCAAGACCGCCACCGCCAAGGGGCUCUACGUCCCGGAGAACGUCGUCGUCUCGGGGGUGAAGUACCACGACGACUUCUUCUACGUGACGCUCCCGAGGAUGAAGGAGGGGGUCCCGGCCACGCUGACGCGCAUUCCCGCGGGACAAGUCCAGGACUACGCGCCCGACCUGGAGCCGUUUCCCUCCUGGGAGAUGAACGACGUGGAGGACUGCAUGAAUUUGCAGAACGUGCAGAACGUGGAGAUCGACGCCAAGGGGCAGAUGUGGAUCAUUGAUGGGGGGAGAGUGCAGACGUUGACGAAGCCGGUGGUGAAGUGCCCGCCGAAGUUGGUUAUUUACGAUGUGAAGGGGAUGAGUGUUAAAGAAGUGCAUCAGUUCCCGGAGGAGGUGGCGUCGAGGAACGGGAGCUUCCUGUACGACCUGGUGGUGGACAACACGGACGAGGGGUUUGCGUAUAUCACGGAUAACAGCGCGCACGAUCCAGGUUUGAUCGUCUACUCGGUCAAGGAAAACCGCUCUUGGAAAAUUCGCGACACAAAAACCAUGAGCGCCGACCCAUCGGCCAUCAACUUCAGCGUCAACGAAAUACCCAUAAACACACCCAUCAACAUCGCGGCCAUCGCCCUGGGCCCCAAGAUCCACACCAGCAACGAAAAAGUCGUCGUCAACGAAGACCGCGAAGUCUACUACUGCCCCCUCUCCAGCCUCCACUUGUACUCCAUCAACACCACGGUCCUCCGCAACGAAAACCUGGCCAAAACGAACCUCGAAACCUCCAUCAAAGACAUCGGGUUAAAACCGUCCCAAACUGUCGGAAUGGUGAUGGACAACCAGGGAAUCCUGUACUACAGUCUUUUGGGGAACAACGCUAUUGGUCGGUGGGACAGCCACACGCCCUUCCAAUCCGGGCAAAGACUGAUAGCACGUGACCCGAAGUACCUCGAGUGGCCGAAUUCCUUCACGUUCGACAAGAACGGGAACUUGACGGUACUCACGAACGGGUUGAAUCGGUUCAUUUUCGACAAAAUGAACUUGAACGAGUACAACUUCAGGCUGAUUUCGGCGUUUGUGGGUGGUACGAGUUACUUGUAUGAUGAUAAGUUCAACUACGAUUUGAGUACAGAGGGGAGUAGUACUUCGUCCAGUACUAUGAGGAGUACUAGUGCGGAGCCGACGCCUGGACAUGAACAUCAACAUGAACAUGAACAUCAACAUGAACACGAACAUGAUCACAUGCCGACGAGUACGGAUACAGUGACGACUACCGAGCGUUCAGGCACCUCUAGAUUUGUAGUUAGUUUUGUAGUUUUAGUUCUAAGUUUUUGUAUUGUUUUGUGAAUGAGAUGACAAGUUCGGGGAUCGUGGAAGCGGGUACUUGCUCAAAAUGAUGCGGAUGAAGUUGGCCAGUGUACUUAAGUCAUUUUGAGAGGGGAUGUUACAUAGAUUUUUAUAAAAUGUUAAUAAUUUAAUAAAAAUUUAGAUGUGUGUUUUAAUUGUAGGAGUCUGUGUUAUUAGUCAUAAAUGAGUAUUCUGUUUGUUACCAAAGUUGCAAUAGGAUUUUAUUGUUCAAAAUAUAAACAGUGUGUGAGUU